AUGACAAAAACCGUGUUGUUACUGAUGUUCCUGAUUUUCAUCUUUUCUGUGGAUGCAGAAGACAAGUCAACAAGGUACCGAAUGCCAACAUGUGGGGUACUGAGUUUGACUCAGGCAUGCCCUCUUAACUACGAUCCAGUCUGUGGAAGUGAUGGCAUCACCUAUGUCAAUGAGUGUGCUCUAUGUGUACAUCGCCUGCAAACCAACACAGACAUCUUGAUCAUGAAAGAUGGGAGAUGCUGA